UUCCCGUGUUGAAAACAGAAGGCAAGAAGAAGAUUGUUGUUGGCUUAUUCUCCUUUAUUAUCUCCUUAAUUGUGGCUAGUCUUGUGAACUUUGAAACAUGUUCCUUUUAUAAAUGUCAAAACUGAACCAGGGUAAACCUGUCAGAAUGGAGUCUAAUGACUUCAGCAACUUGGGCAUUAAGACCGAACCGGAUGAUAUUGAGGACUUGGCUGAAAGAACGGAGCUCUCUUUAGGACCAGGCCAUUUACAAGUGGAAUCCCGUUUCGAUUUGUUAAUGAAAAAGGAGGGCUAUGGUACAGAUGUCAGCGUAAUUUCUGAAGUCAACAGUACACCAGAAAACAGAUACAGAGAUGGGAACAGACCUGGAAUAUCCAGUGAGCAGGAUAUACCAGGUGAAGGCAUCGUGGGAGACCAAGAUGCCAUAAGUGAAAAGAAAUCAAAUCUGAGUAAAAUUUCCUCUAGAUCCACACCACCAAAAAGCAGUCGUAAAAAAACUUCCACCAGAAAAGACUUGAAGAUUAUUGUUAAGAGACUGAAUAUUGGGAUUUCAUCAAAAUCAAGUAGUGUUAGAGUAGAUGGAAUAGAGGACAAUUCUGUUUUUCAAACAAACCAACUGGAUGCACCUGGUUGUGACACGACUUUGAAAUUAAAUGAUGCCACAUGUGUAGAGCAAAAGACAAACCCUCCUGCUUCUGAGCAGGGCAUGUUCAAGACUGAUAAGGAGCAACGUCAAUCUCUUCUUUCACAAGAUUCUGUUGGGCCUUUAAAAUGCCAAUUUUGUGAUGAGAUCUUCCAGAAAAUUAGAGAAUUAAGAAGGCACGAGAAAGCACAUGGAGGUUCAAAGUCAAAAUCAAGUAGUGGAAGACGUAAAGCAAGUACAGAUAAUAUCUGUGAUGCUUGUGGGCGGGAGUUCAAAACAAAGCAAUCACUCAUAAAGCAUAAGAAAAUACAUUCAUUUGAGCGGCCUUUCAAGUGUUCAUUUUGUGAAAGGCCUUUUUUGCGGAAGGCAGAUCUCCAAAGGCAUGAGUUAAUCCACACUGGGGAAAGAAAAUUCAUUUGUCAGUAUUGCUUGAAGGGUUUUCGACUCAAGGGCCAUCUCCAGUUUCAUUUACCUAUUCACACCGGGGAGAAGCCCUUUGCCUGUCAGUACUGUGGCCAGCGGUUUAUUCAGAAGGGCCACUGUGAGUACCAUGAACGCAAACAUGCCCAGCAAGGACCUGUCACCCCCCAGGGCCUGUGCCAGUAUUGUGGCCGGCUGUUCACUAGUGUGAGGUACUGUGUUUUGACACAUGAGAAGGAACACCUGAAAAAGUAGGCUAAAAGGGGCAAUGUCAGAAGAGGCUAGAGUUGAUAAGGCAGUGGCAGUUUUUUUAUGGGAAAUAGAAAGGUUGACCAUGUUCAUUUUGUAUUCGCAGAUAUUUCUCUGGCUUAUUUUGUACACAAUUCUGUACAGCAGUGAGAAUUUUUGUUCAGAGACCAUGGUAUUACCCAUAGAGAGUGCUAUAGAGAACAACAUAAAUACUAUGCAGCACAGCGAUUUUUUUUUUUUCAGAAGAGAACUCCCUGCGUCCAUUGGUAAAAGCCAAUAGGUGAUAAUUUUGUAUCACAUGCUGCCAUAUUAUAUUCAUUAUAGAUAUGUAUAAUUAACAGUGAGUGUGUGUGUGUGUGCUUGCAUGCAUGCGUGUGUUAUCCUAGUACUUGUAUCCUUGGAAUUCAUAACUUGAAGCAAGCGUAUUUUGUAAUUCCAUUGAUAAAAAUUGUAAUGUAUGCAAAACAACCUCUGAAUUUUUGUUCGUGGCAACCUUUUGGUCUCAGCUUGGCUCAAAUAAAUGUAUUUGAUAUUUUGUUAAUGUUCCAAAACAUCUGUCAUUCGGAAACUGUGCCCUUUUUAUGCUUUACAGUUAAUAUAAUAUUUAGUCAUGUUUGGGGUGACAUGCAGGUUAAACUUAUAGUGGUUUCACCAAGCAGAAAUAAUCAAAUUAUGGAUACAAACUAUCCUCUGCUAUUAUCAUAAAUUGUACCCUUAAUUAUCUCCAUUAUCGUAUUCACACCAAUAUUGCUAAUUGGAAAUGUCUGGUGCCUAGUUUGCAACUCGCAAGUGCAAUUUAACCUAGAGUAAUGGAAAAUACAUAUAUAAUGCA